UAUAUGAAUGAUCAAUAUAUUACAUGAUUUAACAGUAUAUUUGAAAAUAUAUUUGUAUUAUUCAAUGAAUUACAAUAUAUUGAAUAAUACAUAAGGAAUUGCCGCUUUUCAUAAAUUGAAAAAUAUGUGAUAAUAUAUUUACUAAUAUAUCAUAAUGUAUGUCAUUUUAUAUUCAGUAAUAUACUUCAUAAUAUAUAUAUUUAUGUGAUCAGAUAUGGUACUGCAUGCAUAAUAUAUUGCAGAUAUAUUUACUCAUGCAGUAUAAACACAUAUAUGGUAAAAUAUAUUAUUCUUAUAUUUUAUACUUACUUACAUUUUAAAUGUUUCAUAUUUUCAAGUUAGUUAACAAAAGUACAACUGCAUGUACUAAAGUUUCUACCAAAGAGACUAUCCCUGUGUUAUAGUGUGCACAGUUGUUACUUUUUAAAUAAAGUUAUUAUAGUAUUAAUGCUGUUCAGCCAAUCAUAAACCUAACCUCAGGCUCUACUCUUCAGCACAAUGGUAACCCCAAAAACUCACACAUACCAGAAAACCUUUUAAAUUCCAAAAUAAUACAACUUUAAACACUAACAGAUCGCCCCCUAUAUCAAUAUUGAGCAAAACACAUAAAAUAGCACUUAAUUUUAACAUUUACUCUCCUUUAACAGCCAGAAGCAAAGCAUGCUGGGAACUAGAAGUCUGUUGUAACCACUGAUUGUAACUCAUUCCUAGAAUGUGUGCAUAUAUGUGUGUACAAUACAUUCACAUUUAUAUGGGAACAUGUAUGUGCAAUAUAUGUACACAAUAAAGGAUAAAACUUUAUGAAUGUAAUGCUAUUUUUGUCUUCAUUUAUACAUAUAGCCGUCAAUGCAUAUAUAGAAAUGUAUUAUGUAAUAUAUCGCAUUAUAUUUUGCAGUAUAUUCCCAUAUAUUUUUGUUCCGUAAGGGCUAGCCUUAUCUUAUAAGAUUAGAUUUGUAUUAUUGAUAUUGUCCCUUUGUUUUUUAUAUAAAAUCACCAUGCCAAUAACAUUUGGUGGACAAAUCCUUUAUUAGAACUGCAAAUAAAAUCACACCCAUUUGUGGGGGGUUUGUCACGAACUGAUCACAGUGACAGCCGGUGGCAGCAUCUGCCCCUUUAAGAUUACAAACUUGCCCAUUGUCUUUCCCAAAAUUACUGCUAAUCUGAUCUACUGUGGAUUUAAGACCUUAAGAGUCUAUAAUCCACUGAACAUGAUGCAAGUAUAUUCAUGUUACAUCUGAAAACAUGAUUUAUUAAGCUCUGCUUUUGGACUUGAUGUUGUAAAACUUGCUAACAUGCUCAGUAUGAUUUUUUUUAUCUCUCUCAGACGCCCUUGAGAUCUGGAGAGAUGUGGAUGUGUUUGAUGAAGCUAUUAUUUGUUAUACAGGAUUAUUUAUGUCAUACAGGCUUUUAUAUGGAAAAAUCAGUUUUUAAGAUAUAAAAUAACGAGAUAUAAUAAGAAUCAAAUCAAAUUGAAUAGAAGAGAAUAGAGAAGUGUAUAUGUAUUGUUUCUAAAGAAGAGAAAAUCUAGUAGAGGCCUAGCCUAGUAGAUGUGGAUGAUGGCAACACAAGUUACUGAGUAAAUAAAAAAUUCAUUCUUUUAUAUAUUUCCUAUUAAUAUUCAAAGAACAAUAUGGCAAUGAGGAAAAAGUCAUAAAUUAUACAAAGCACAUGCCAAGAAUAUCUUCAGAACCCUAGAAAGUUAAUAAGAAUAAUUUCCCCAGUAACUGAACUUAAUACACUCUUAUGGCAAUUUGUAACUAUUUUACAUUUUGGUAACGAAUUGGUGGCUAAUUCGUAUGAAUUUGAACAAUCUCAUUCAUAGAGCUCAUCUUACGCCCCAUUGACGGUUAGGUUUAGAGUUGGGUACUUUCUAAAAAUCUUACUUUUCCAUACGAAUCACAUUGUACGUUUUCUCAUGAGAUCAGGUUGAAACCUAAAUCUCGAAGGCCUUAUUGACCCGGUUACCUUAAGUGACUUUGCAUUAUCUGUCCUGCUCUUUCUGAUGUUUACAACCCUAGAUUCAUGCCCAUUUGAAUUUGUUUUGUUUCUGAAAGCAGAUAAACAAUGCAUAUGUUAUUCAAAGAAAUUCAUAAUCACAUUUUUGAACCUGCAUUCAUCUUCAAUAGUUUUAUAUUAAGUUUAUAUAUAUCUUUGAUUAUUAAAAUGUUCAAAAGAACAUUGUUUUUUUUAAAUAGAAAUAUUUUGUAACAUAAAUGUCUUUACUGUCAAUUUUGAUCUAUUUAAUGUGUCCUUUCUGAAUAAAAGUAUUCAUUUGUUUUUUAAAUCAUAUACCUCAAACUUCUGAAUGUAACACAAAAGUAUUAAGCAGCAAAAAUGUUUUCAACAUUGAUAAUAAUAAUAAUAAUAAAUGUUUCUUGAGCAGAAAAUCAGCAUAUUAGAAUGAUUUCUGAGGGAACGUUUCCACGCCUAGUAGUUUCCUUCAUUCAUGAAUUCCUUCAUGUCCACUAACUUCUGUUUGGCUGCUUGUUUAAAUGUUACUAUCAUUAUCCUCUUAUAAAUACCUGUUCUAUCAUAAACUAGAUAAAGAUGCCCAUAGUUUAGAAGCAGUUUAUGAAUAAGCCUUUGGAUGUUGAAAGGGGUCUUGUCUGGGUAACCUGGCAAGAAGAGCAUUCAUUCAUUGACACAUGCCAUUUCAAAGAGUUCAGACGCAACCCUCAAGCAAAAGCUUAACGGAUAAUGGCAUUUAAGUUGAACUCUUAGCUCCUUAUAGACGGCAUUAGAGCACUGGUGCUUCCUCCUGCCUGUCUCUUUAUACUUAAAUAGGGUAGAUUUAACUUCAAUAAAGCUCUGAGAUUUACAGGCGCGCUGCACAGUUGCUAUCCUCCUCUAGGAGGAUAGUGGAGGACUGAGAGGAUGUUCAGCUAUCAGAGUAACAGGAGACAGAGCCUCUUUCCCAACUGCAAACUAGCAACCUCUGAGUCAACAGACGACGCCGUUCCCUUCGCCAAAGAGUGUUUGUUGAAACAGUGGAGCUCUUUAGGUGAACUCCAGACGGAUAUCUAUGACAUCUUUGGUGAAGUUGACGAUGGGGAGGUUGAGAAGCAUUCGGAGCCUUCGUUAUGGUUUACCAGCAUAUCGCCAAGCAGGAAUUGCACGCUCAACAUCAACGUUGGAGGAAAGUCCUACCGCAUCACCUACAAAAUGGCAGCGAGAUACCCACAGAGCAGAAUUGGUCGUCUGGCCACCUACACCGACCAUAACAUGAAGCUGAACCUCUGCGAUGACUACGUCGUGAAGGACAACGAAUAUUUCUUUGACCGAGAUCCUGACGUCUUCAACAGCAUCUUCAACUUCUACAGGACCGGUGUGCUGUGGAUCAAGGACGAGCUUUGUCCGAGGAACUUCUUGGAGGAGAUCAAUUAUUGGGGCGUUCGGAUCAAAUACUCUCAACGGUGCUGUCGGAUCCUGCUCGAGGAGAAACAUGACGAGUUGUGCGAACAGCUCAAGGUUGAGAAGGAACUGGAGGCGGAGCUGGAAAUCGAAGAACACGAGGAGGCAUUCGACGACAUGUUUCUCGGCAAGAUGCGACGGUCACUUUGGAACGUCAUGGAGAAACCGUUCUCCUCGGUACCGGCGAAACUCAUGGCGGUCGCCUCCAGUAUGUUUGUGCUUGUGUCGCUGGUUACGAUGACUCUGACUACGGUGGAAGAAAUGGAGAACAUGGCAUCUACUAACCAGCUCAGUGACAAGACAUACGGAGAGUUUGUAGAGACUCUGUGCAUAACCUUCUUCACCGCCGAGUACCUGUUGCGUCUGGUUUCAACCCCAGAUAUCAGUCACUUCGUUAAGAGCAUACUGAACACGGUAGACCUCAUGGCCAUCCUACCGCAGUUUCUGCAGUUCGUGCUCGAGAGCUUUGAGACCUUCGGUUCUGGGAAAGAAAAUGCUGACAUGGAGACUGUAGGUCAGGUGAGCAAGGUUGGACAAGUGCUGCGAAUCAUGCGACUCAUGCGUAUUUUCCGGGUUCUGAAACUGGCACGUCACUCCACGGGGCUGAGAGCGUUUGGCUUCACGUUGAGGCAGUGCUAUCAGCAGGUGGGAUGUCUCUUUCUCUUUAUCGCUAUGGGGAUCUUCACAUUCUCUGCCAUGGUUUAUAGUGUUGAACACGACGUCCCAAAUACCAACUUUACCAGUAUUCCACAUUCUUGGUGGUGGGCAUCUGUGAGCAUCUCUACUGUAGGCUACGGUGACAUGUAUCCUGAGACCCUUUUGGGGCGGAUAUUUGCCUUUGGCUGCAUUUCCUUUGGGAUCAUUUUGAAUGGCCUUCCAAUCUCCAUCCUCUUCAACAAGUUCUCAGAUUACUACGCCAAACUUAAGUCUCACGAAUACACUUCCAACAUGAAGAACAGAGGGAAGGUUAACUUCAUCUUGAGAGCCAAGAAGAAACUAAAAGAGUGUGGCUGCAUCGAAACUAAUGACACUGAUGUUUCGUAGACACUUGAGUUCCCAAAAAUGUGCACAUUAUUUUAUUGUUGGCGUUGUUAAGAUGUACUGAAUCUUGUCUGAAUGGGAUUAUUUUCUAAAAAGCCUCUUAUGUAAAAGUGCCAAAUGAUUCAAACACAAGUAUUAAGUAACACUGAUUUACAGUAAAAGAUGAAGAG